ACAAUGCUCGAAGCUCGUCUGCAACAUGCCUCGACUCUUAAAAAGCUUCUUGAUGCUGUUAAAGAACUAGUCACUGAUGCCAACUUUGAAUGCAAUGAGACUGGUAUUGCUUUACAGGCAAUGGAUACUUCCCACAUCUCUCUUGUGACUCUGUUGUUGCGUUCAAGCGGAUUCGAACAUUACCGUUGCGACAGAAAUUCCAGUCUUGGCAUUUCUCUUGCUAGUCUAGGAAAGAUCCUCAAAUGCGCUUCUAACGAAGAUGUCUUGACUCUGCGUGCUGGUGAGAACGCAGAUGUCCUGACACUGGUCUUUGAGGCUCCCGACUCUGAAAGAUGUAGCGAGUUUGAGAUGAAAUUGAUGGAUAUUGACAGUGAGCAUUUGGGUAUUCCCGACUCCAACUACGAUGUGGUUGUCAAGAUGUCCUCUGUCGAAUUUCAACGUAUCUGCCGUGAUAUGAGUACUUUGUCCGAAUCCAUUACAAUCGAGUGUGCAAAAGACAGCGUUCGGUUUAUGACUGAAGGUGAUAUUGGCAGCGGCUAUAUUACUCUCAAGCCAGGCAUGUCCAUUGACGAUAGUGAAGACACAUCGACAACUAUUGAACUCCAACAAGCUUGCAGUCUUACAUUUUCUCUCAAGUAUUUGUCCAACUUCACCAAGGCCACCCCCCUGUCCAAGACGGUUACAUUGAGCAUGUCCAACGAGUAUCCAUUGUUAGUAGAAUACAAAGUGAAUGAGAUUGGAUUCAUUCGUUACUAUCUUGCACCUAAAAUGAACGAAGCCGAAUAAAUUUCUCGCAAAUUUAAACUCA